AUGUGCCUCCGGCCGCGCGCUUCGGCUCGCGUGCCGACGCUCGGGUGGAAGCCCGUCAUCGCCAUCGGGUGGGCCAACGCGGCCCACUUCUAUUCCCUCUGCUCCAUCUUCUCGUACGCCGGCUUCCUCGCCGUCGACUGCGGCUGGGCCGCCGACGCGGACACGGCGGGCUUUGUCGCGGGUCUGCUUCCCACCGCCGUGCUCUGCGGGCGGCUCUUCACCUCGAUCCUGUGGGGCCACGCGGCGGACCGCUGUGGCCGGCGACCGUCGAUGAUUGCGAGCAUGGUCGCCGUCACCCUCGGCAACGUCUGCUUUGGCCUGACCACCAGCCUGCCCGCCGCCCUCGCGGUCCGGUUUUUGCUGAUCGGCGCUCUCAACGGGUGGGUGACGCUGAUGGGGCUGUGCGUGCUGGAGUGCGCGGGGGAGGCGAUGCAGCCCGUGGUCUGGUCGUACGUCUUUGCCACCGGCUCCGUCGUCGCCCUCCUCGGCCCAGCAAUCGGAGGAUGGACCUACGCUGCGCUCGGCCCGCGCUUCCCCGCCCUCCCGCCUUCCCUGGUUGGCGGCGCGAUCGGCGCCACCGCCGUCGCGGUCAACGUGGCCUGGCUGCCGGAGACGAAGCCGCGCGCAGCCUCUUCCUCUGCUUCUGCUGCAACGGCUUCCUCUUCGGCGAUCCGGGCAGCUUCUCCUGCCGCAGCGGCCUCCUCUUCAACCCUCCGGGCAGCCUCUACUUCUUUCUCUGCUGCAGCGGCUUCCUCUUCCGCUGUGCUGUGCUCUCACCCGCUGCCUCUCGUGAUGGUGCUGCGCGCGGCGCACGGGUGUGCGCUGUUUGCUGCCUUCGACCUGGUGCCGCUGUGGUGCAUGGCGUCUCGCUAUGCCGGCGGGCUCGCGCUGACUGAGGAGCAGCUCGGCACCUCGCUCGCUGCCGGGGCGGAAGGCGAAUGCGAUGACGGACUCUAG